GCCUUAUUCCCCUCAAACGCUAAAGAAUUGUCACGUGUGUUGCAUCAAACAGUAUAGUUGGGUAUAGAUAUCUAUAUUCAACGCAAGUGCAUAUAUAGGUUAUGCAAACAUAAACAGAAUUUGACAUAUACGUUUUGUAAUGCACUUUGUAUGAAUUUUGGAAAAAAAGUAUGAGCAAAAUAAACUUGGAAAUAAUAACUUUUGUCUUCGUGUGCUGAAUCUUGACUGUUAAACUCUUAGAGCGGAAAACUAAGCUAAAAGAAUGAGCGGUGAAACACAAAUCACUAAUAUCGUGAACGAUAUUUUGAAAGUAGAAGCUAUUGAAGAAGCUUUUAGCUGUGUACUUGUGCAUCAUCCGAAUAGUGAGAGCGAGAAAAUAUCAGCAUGGCAGGCAGAGCUAUCGUCUGCUAUGUCAAAUUUGUCCAAGGAACAGCAAGAAAAUGCUGUAAAACAAUUUUUAUCCAUGACAGCAGCUAUGACUAAUCACAGGCGAUUACAAUUGUUACUCUCCUUACUUGAACAUUUAGUUACUUCUAAUGUGUUGCCUGCAAGACUUGUGUGUGAGUGUAUAUUCAGUUGUGAUAAAUUACAAUAUCAGUUAGAAGAUUUUUGGGUUGAAUGUUUUGUCCUCAUUCGACAUAUUAUCGGAGGUGUUGAUUAUAAAGGUGUUAGAGAAAUAAUGAAAGGAUGCAAAGAAAAAGCACAAACUAUUCCUGCAAGAUUAAAUGCUUCUGUUCAGCCACAAUUAAAAGCCUUGGAGAAUGUAAUCGAAUACAUUUUUGAUAGAAAUGCUUGUUUAUUACCAGGUUACUUUAUAGUGACUGAAAUUCAAAAGGACUCUAGUGGUAGAAAUUGGCCACAUUGGAAACUGGCAAAACUGCUCUCAAACUUUGUUGAAAGUUUUCGCAACACUGCACAAAUGGUGUCUAUAGUAGGGCAUUCCAAAAUGCUACCAGUUGUAGAACACACUGGGUAUGCAGAUUCAAUUAAUCCCUGGGCACUCGAUACAACGACUUUGAAAUUUUCUUUAAAAGGGAAUUUGCCUUAUGACGAAAAAUUACUUAAACCCCAAACUGGGUUACUUAGAUAUGUCUUGGAACAACCAUAUAGUAGAGAUAUGGUGUGUUCGAUGCUUGGUUUACAAAAACAGCAAAAACAACGAUGUAUAGCUUUAGAAGAGCAGUUAGUUGAACUUGUUAUUCUUGCGAUGGAACGCGCAGAAAACGAAUCUUUACCAGCUGAAGGAACAGAUGGUACAGUUGCCAAUGACUAUGUAUGGUUGCAUCUUUCAUCGCAACUUAUAUAUUUUGUACUUUUUUCAUAUGCCUGCUUUCCAAGUAUUGUAAUGGCAAUACAUGAUAAACUCGCACGUAGAGACUUAAGAAAAGGGAGAGAUCACUUAAUGUGGGUCCUAUUGCAGUUUAUUUCUGGAAGUAUUCAAAGAAAUCCGCUAUCCAAUUUCUUGCCAGUAUUAAAAUUGUACGAUCUUCUUUAUCCAGAAAAAGAACCUUUACCUGUUCCGGAUUAUACUCAAGCAUUAUGCACUCAUCAAAUGGCUAUUACAUGUAUAUGGAUACAUUUAUUGAAAAAAGCUCAAUCAGAGCAUUCAAAUAUCCAUAGACCAAUACCUCACACUUUGAAACUUCAUCACGAAUUUUUACAGCAUUUAGUAAUGCCCAAUACUUCUCUUUGCAUGGGUUCAGACUAUCGCAUUGCCUUAUUGUGUAAUGCGUAUUCCACAAAUCAGGAAUAUUUCGGUAGGCCAAUGGCAGCUUUAGUCGAUACUAUCCUUGGUACUCAAAAAGGUCAGCAGCAACAACCAAUGCAGACCUUACAAAAUAAUGCAGCUCUUGCGAGUGGCCCAACUACACCGUUAUCUAUGUCGAUCUUGGAUUCGUUAACAGUUCAUUCGAAAAUGAGUCUAAUACACAGUAUUGUUACCCACGUUAUUAAGUUAGCCCAAUCAAAAAGUAAUAUGGCAUUGGCACCAGCAUUAGUAGAAACUUAUAGCAGACUACUGGUGUAUACUGAAAUCGAAAGUCUCGGUAUUAAAGGUUUCAUCAGUCAAUUACUUCCAACAGUUUUUAAGUCUCAUGCAUGGGGAAUAUUGUAUACACUCUUAGAAAUGUUCAGUUAUCGAAUGCACCAUAUACAGCCGCAUUAUAGAGUUCAGCUUUUGUCACAUUUACAUAGUCUCGCAGCUGUGCCACAAACCAAUCAGACUCAGCUUCACCUGUGCGUGGAAAGCACUGCUCUUCGUUUAAUUACCGGAUUAGGAUCUGCUGAGGUUCAGCCACAACUAUCUAGAUUUCUAUCAGAACCCAAAACUCUUGUAUCCGCGGAAUCUGAAGAGUUAAACAGAGCUUUGGUAUUGACAUUAGCGCGGUCUAUGCACGUCACGGGAACAGGAUCGGAUAGUCACAGUGGUACAUGGUGCAAGGAAUUGUUGAAUACAAUAAUGCAAAAUACACCACAUUCGUGGGCUAAUCAUACUCUCCAAUGCUUUCCUCCGGUAUUGAGUGAAUUCUUUGAAGAAAAUAGCGUACCAAAAGAGAAUAAGCAACAGAUAAAAAAGGCAGUAGAAGAGGAAUAUCGAAAUUGGGCUUCCAUGAGUAACGAAAACGACAUAAUAGCACACUUUUCUGUACCUGGGACACCGCCCCUUUUUCUAUGUCUUUUAUGGAAGAUGAUUUUUGAAACUGAUCGUAUCAGCCCAAUCGCAUAUAAAAUCCUAGAGAGGAUUGGAGCUCGAGCAUUAUCGGCUCAUCUACGAAAGUUCUGCGACUAUCUUGUAUUCGAAUUUGCUAAUAGCGUGGGUGGACAGCAUGUAAACAAAUGUGUAGAUACGAUUAACGAUAUGAUUUGGAAAUACAAUAUAGUAACCAUCGAUAGACUGAUUCUUUGCUUAGUACUGAGAACCCAUGAGGGCAGUGAGGCUCAAGUAUGUUUCUUCAUUAUUCAAUUACUUUUGCUCAAAGCCAUCGAAUUCCGAAAUAGGGUUCAGGAAUUUGUCAAGGAAAACUCUCCAGAGCAUUGGAAACAAUCAAACUGGCAUGAAAAGCAUCUUGCGUUUCAUCGAAAAUUUCCCGAAAAGUUUGCUCCUGAAGGUAUCAUGGAACAAACCAGUGGAGGACCUGGUCAAUAUCAAAAUUUACCAGUCUAUUUCGGAAACGUUUGCUUACGAUUUUUACCAGUUUUCGACAUUGUUGUACAUAGAUAUUUGGAAAUUCCAGCAGUAUCAAAAAGCCUAGAAACGUUGUUAGAACAUUUAGGAUGUUUAUAUAAGUUUCAUGAUCGACCUGUAACAUAUCUUUAUAAUACGUUGCAUUACUAUGAACGUAUGUUAAGGGAUAGACCGCCUUUGAAACGACGUUUAGUGUCUGCUGUUUUGGGUUCACUAAGAGAAAUCAGAGCACCAGGAUGGGCACUUUCGGAGGCUUAUCAAAUGUAUAUGACUCGGUCAACCGAUGACGUUGUUUCGUGGAUGCCUGAAUUGGAUUAUUAUAUUCGUUUAGUGCAAAGAAUUGUCGAAACAAUGUCGAGUACGGCUCAUUUCCCCGCCACUGAUUGGAGGUUCAACGAAUUUCCAAACCCUGCUGCACAUGCACUGUACGUUACAUGUGUCGAACUUAUGGCUGUUCCUGUUGCUCCUAAUUUAGUCGCUAAUUCGUUGUUGGAUGUGGUCGCGAAAGGGUAUACAGUCAUACCAUCGGAUGAAAUUCACUUGUGGAUAAAUUGCGUGGGUUUAUUGUUAGCUGCUUUGCCAGAAUGUUAUUGGUCAGCACUUCAUGAUCGACUAGUAGAGACUAUUAGCAGUCCAGGAUUAGCUAAUUGGCAAUACAGUAAUUUAACUCCGUUUCAAAUGUUCAAUUUUAAUAAUACUCACGACAGUCUGCUGGAAAACAAAUACAGUUACAUGUUGGCAUUGGCACACUCUGUAUGGUAUCAUGCCGGUGUUGGACAAAUAACCAAGAUGCCUCAGUUUAUUAAAGAGAAACUUCAACCAGUUGUGAAUAGCGAAGAGCAAUUAAUAUAUGCUUGCCAUUUAAUUGGGCCCUAUUUGGGAAGGGCCAAUGCUGAAAGACUUGGAGAAUUAGUAGUCUCAUUAUACGAGAUGCUUGAACAUGUGGAUCGUCUUCAGACUCAUUUAAAAUACAUGGAACCAGUUUGUGACUUAUUGUACCACAUAAAAUAUAUGUAUCUUGGUAAUAUGAUGAGAAAUGAAUUGGAAUGUAUUAUACGAAGAUUAAAGCCGGCUCUGCAAAUGAGACUACGGUUCAUCGCUCAUAUAAACAUAGACGAAAUUCAGUCUUCCUGAGACAUUCCUACCACGAGUAAUGCGGAAGUGAAUACAUAAUAACGUUAAGUCUUGGUUGCAUCUACGUUGCCUUUUUAAUAAUUUAAUAUUAUUUUUACACGGGCAACGUGCUGUAAGUAUACGAUAAUUAGUAUUUGAACUUAAAACAAAUAAUAUUCUUUAAAUGUCAGGAAAAUAUGUAUAUCUCGUAUAAAAAAGGAAAUUGACUUUUUACAUGCAAAUAAGAAAUGCACAUAGAAAGUGAAAGUAUAGCAAUGAAGUAUUAUAAAUACAACAAAAUUUAAGUUGAUUUACCUAAACUUUAUAUUUAUGACGCUUAUCACUACGUAUAUAUUUUCACAGUAAUGUGACAAGGCAGUAUGAUGCAUUGAACGGGUUUAUAAAUGUAUAUUGUCAUAGUAGAAGGCAUAAGUUAAAAAGCUCGAUGUUUUAUACGUAUUUAUAAAUUCACUAACCCUAUUUAUAAGCAAAUACUGUACGAUAUGUUCUGAAAUAAGUUCUCGUAAAAUUUUACUAAAUGAUCAUUGUAAUACUGUAAGUGGUAUUGCAUAUAUUUUACUUUAGAAAUUUAAAUCAACAUGCGCACGUUCGUGCGCGUAAUAUAGAAGGAUUAAACUAUUUAUUAUCACAUA